UUCUGUUUCCAUUCAACUCCCGGUACCGAACACGUUCGGACGAUUUUCUGUUGUUGUGCUUCGGUUUCUCUACUGCUGCGGAAAUCUUGUGCAAAGUGCGAAAUCAAAAAAUAGGGAAAAAGCGAAAAUACAUAAAGCAUAAAUAUAAUAUCGAAUCGAAUCGACCGCCCACCCACUGGAAAAAAGCCGCCCCCUCACGCCGGGCUGGUCCCGGUUCGGUUUUUGGAAAGUACCAAGUCAAAAUAUGUGUUGGCAAAGCUGUCAUUCUUGAGUGUUUUUCUUGUCGUUUUCGUAGGCGGGUGUUAUUAUUUGGAUAUUUUUUGGCAGAAAGUCCGCGUCCGCGUAUCCACGUUCUCUAAUGUUGUUAUGCUUUCCCUCAAUUUCAUGGCCAACUGGAGCUAGCUCCAGGAAAGAGUGCAAAUUUGUCGUGACCGUGAAUUUGACACAAGCCUAUUCCGGUGGAUUUGUUUCAUCGGAACGAGUUGAUUUGAAGGAAUAUGAAGGAUUGGAUUAAUUGCCUCCGUUAAACGAAUGUGGCUCAAAAUGGAGACUCACCUCAGUCAUAGCUGAGAUGAUGCUUCUCUAGGUCAAAAGAUUAUCACGACACCGCACUCAGGAGGGCGAUUAAUGGAUGCUAUCAUUUGAUUAAAGUGCUGCAGGCAGUAAGUGUGGUGCAGCUGAAAAAAAGUGAUAGUCGUAACAAAGUGUCCCCUUAAUUAACCAGUUGUUGCUGGAAUGUCGAGUGCUUUUUUGUUGUUGGUGAAACAGCUCUGAAAAGAAGUUAAAGUGCUUUCCUUUUUUUGCCCUCAGGCCCUAAAAGUAAGGAAGACACAAAACAGAAGUACCUUUUCAUACAUGUUGUAGUUUGACAGCAUAGUUUGCUGGAAUAGCGCGCAUGCAUCCACCCGAUCAAAGUAGGUUAUGCGGUAUUUUCUUGGGGCAGUAACUAGUGGUGGACUUUCCUGCCUACUUAUAUCGCGAGCACCAUACCGGAAUCGCAUUUCAUAAAACGAACAACGAAUGCGUGGCCAACUUUGUUUCAACGAUUGCGGUUUCUACAAAUGGCCGGCAGGGGUAGGGAAAACCGUGAAUAAUUGAUAAGAAAUUUGCACACCACUGCUGGGGGGCUGAUGAUCCUCCAACAACGCUGAAUGGUGAAUUUUUCAUCCCUAGUAUCAGAUGACGAAGGGAGAAUCAUAUUGUUUUUUGCUCUUGAUGGAAGUUUCUGAUGUGGACCGCUAAAUAAAUGCCACGGUUAGCAUCCAACAAAGUUAGGAUCAGCAGCGGUAAAUUUCUGUCAAGUCGAAUGCAGUUUGUUGUGGUGGUGGGGCCGGAAUCUGUCAUCAAAAAGAAGUUCUGCUGGAGGAGCAUUAACUGGAAGCGAAAAGGUAGCUGAAAAUAGCUGAAUGAAAAAAGUUUGGUGUGUGUUGGUGUGUGACUCUCGCUCUGUGACAGGAAGGAAGUAAGGAAAAUCGACCGCGUCGUAAAUAAUAUAUAACAAGUGACGUUGGUGGUUCAACACCGACAGGAAAAAGUAGUUAACCGAAGGAAGUGGUGCGCUCGUGUAAUAGGAAUUUAGGUGAAACAAUAGGAUAAAACCGUCUUCGUCGUAAAAAUGAGUCGAAGCAUGUAUCGAAAAGUUAACCAGAGUGCUGAUGACGACAGUGGAAACAAUAACGCGUCGAUCGAAAACGAAACAGAAAUAGUAGGCACUGAUUUCACCCCAACCACCGUCUACUUCGAUGGCAAUGGGAACAACACCAGCGACGAUGACGUCGAUUUGAGUGCAUUCCGUGACGUGAUAAACUCCCGAACGACUUCGCUAACGCCGGCCUUCGCACUGACCACAGCACAACUGUUCCAGCAGCAGCAACAGCAACAACAGCAACAACACCAGCUGCAGCAGCAAUACCGAGCAGCGCUGUUCACCUCGGUUGGAUCGUCGCUGGAUUACGAUUUCUUCGAGGAUAUGGACGAACGGGAUAGCAUCUAUCUGGAUGCGGUAUCGCUGAGUUCCGAUGGAACCAAUAGGAAGUCGUUGUACCUGUCGCGUCAAACGGUGUACCAUUCGGCGGAGGAACUUCCGCUGGACACAAUCGUCGAAGCGGUGGACGGCGGCCAUGGUAACAACAACCUUAGACAUGUCACCGAAGCGAUGCUGCACGACGCUCGAGGCGGUGGCAACGGAGAGCUUCCGAACAUGCAUCAGCAGCAGCAGCACCGAUUCCUGGCCGGAGCCAGUGGGAUCCUGAAGCGGCCGGGCGGAAAAUACAACAACAACGGCAACACAGAAGAGGUGGCUAGUCUACUUGCACGUCAUUCAUCACCAUCCUCCCUCACUACUUGUUGUGAUAGCAGCGGCGUUGGUAGCAGUUCACCAGUUAUUGUUGCUGCUGCUUCUGCUACCAGCCCCAGCUCUUCUAGCACCACCAUUAUUAACCAAAUGCAAAUGCAAACGCAAACCAUCAUCGACCGUAAGCAUGAGCCAAGACAGAUAGUUACAUAUUCGCUGUGGAAAACUAGGGUAAACGAACCAUACAUUUUAUGUUUUUCCUCCUUCCUUUGAUUUUUUCAACGUAGGCUAUCUCAAGCGCUAUGAUAUGAUAACCCACCUUCAACCUUCUUGUAGUAAGCUCGAGAACAACUUACCUACUUUUACUAACAACAAUUACGCUAACAAUCUUCCCCAAAUUGACGAAAAUGACACAUCGCGUGCACUUGUACAUUCAUACAUACGUACAUAGGUAACUGCUCCCUCUGGGAAAUGGAGAAGGUUACAAACGAUUGCCGACAAUGAAUGGAUGGAGGAACCCUUUUUUUCUACAACCUACUAGGGACGUCACGUCAUGUAACUACUCCUAACUAACUAACGAGGUCAUAUUUCACUUCCACUAGCAACAACAAUAACAGUAAAAACAGAACCUACCUGUGCACCUUCCCCAAAGCACAAAAAGGAGAACAGUAGGCGUUGAGAUUUCGGUUGUUAUGGCAUCCUCCUACGGUUAUUGGAUUAGUAAGGUAAAGGGGUGACUGUCGUGUCGUUCCCAAG